CACACCCUUUUACGCCGCUUUCGUCUGUAGGGAGCUGGCAUUUCUGUCUAUAAUCCCACUUGCUUGCGUUGCACCUGUACACACUUUGCAUUCUUAUUGAGAGCGCGCGCGCGCAUUGGCGAAUCAAACAUGGAUCGGCAGGACUAUCCGGGAUUGCUGCAAAAGCUACAGCCGACCCAGGCCGUGGACGUCUUGACCGAUCGAGUGGCCCAGAUCAAGCGGCUCAACACCAGCGUUGCCGACUGGCUCCAGGAGCGCAGUAGACUCGAGGAGCAGUAUGCGGCGGGAUUGCGAAAGCUCGCGCGGAAACACAUUGGCGACGAGGACUUGGGCAUCUUCUCGAUACCAUGGGGCACUCUGACCAACUCCAUGGAGGCUCUGGCCGAGUCGCAUUCAUCACUGGGCGCAAAGAUUGAGGUGGAUGUGGAACGGCCUCUCCGCGACUUCGCCACCUCCAAUCGCGAAAUGCAGCAGAUGCCCACCACGCAGGGCAACAUGAGCUCCAUGGCAAAAGAGGUCGACAAGGCGCAGAAGGCGACAGAGAAGCUGCAGGGCAAAGGGGAGAGCGCAGAUGCCACCAAAGUGGCUAAUGCGACAUCAGAUUUGGAACAUGUCCGCCAGCAGUGGCUCUCGCAGGCGCCAUACGUGUUUGAGACUCUCCAGAAGCUGGACGAAGACCGUGUCAACCAGCUCCGUGACAGCUUGACUCAAUUUGUCACUCUUGAGGUGGACCAGGUGGAAAAGAGUCGCGUAGCUGCCGAGCAAGCACUCAACGUCCUGCUCAAUCUGGAAACAGCGGACGAAAUCUCAACAUUCGCGCUCAAGGUGGCCGCUCGGAAACCGAGUGAAUCGCGUUCUACGAAUAACCGCGCAAGCAUGUUUGUGGGCAGUUCGGCACCAUCUCGUAGCGGGACGUCGAGUGGUCUGACGCCGAUACAAUCGAUUCCAGAUGAGUCUCCCAGUGUCGCAUCGGGUUCCACAUCAGAGCCAUCGAAGAAGGGGCCUUUCAAGGGCCUCAAGCGACUAGGUACUGUCAUGUCGCGGAGGGCGAGCAAGCAGCCGCAACAGCUGGCGUCUACCGAAGAAUCGCCUGAACGCAAGCAAAAGUCCUCGCCAUUCGGCCGUCUUGGUCGCAAUAAGCAUUCGUACUCCAUGGAAGCUCCUCAAGAGGAUGCAGAACUAUCUCAAAGAAGGGGCAGCGAGGCAAUGGAACAACCGCCUCAAACGCAGGAAUCUUCACAAUCGGCGUCAAGGCCACCACAGCUGGAUCCAAUUCCGCACAUUAAUGGGGCAGGAUCUGGGCCUACAGCUGCCUCCUCGACUUUCGCUCCGACUUUCGCCAACGGCAGUCAUCAAGGCGAUCUGGCAGACCUCGAACCACCGAAGCCAUCUCAGCCUGCUGCUGCAGCAAUACCAACAUUUGUGGAGCCAUCUAGGGAUAAUGACGGCUUCUCUGUUCCACCUCAGCAGCUCGAUCCGAUCUCACAAGCACAAGCAGAUGCCGGAGAUCUCGGCGACAGGCAAGAGCCGCAGUUCAACGUUAACAUCAGAAACGCGCCGAUACAGGAAGAAGGAGGUGACGUUGCGUUGGCGAGCAUGGCUAACAAGCUGGCACCUCCGCCGACGCAGCGAAGACUGGGUACGGUGCGUGGCCGUCGCGAUGCCCGGAACAGUGCUAUAGUGAGCACAUACGGUGCGCCUGAGGGCUUCUCUGCCGAGAACGCAAAUGCUCCGUCAGCAUUUGAGAGCCACAGGGGCGAGGCUGCUGCACCCGCACCAUUGGUAACGAGUCCUCAAGCCAUCGCGUCGCGAGCUGUACAGCCUCCAGCACAGUCUUUCCCGGUGCCGACCGCUGCUGGUCUCAUGGCCUCUCCCUCUGGGUCUUUUAGCCCUGCUGCACCCGGGCAGACCACUUUUGCGCCAUUCAGCCCAGUGGGCGAGCCACAAUCACCGACUCCGUUGACUGCGCCGGCACCAAUAGGCGCCGACGACAACCAGUCAAUCCGAUCGGGACGUUCGCUGCAGAGCUCUACUAGCCUUGCGCCAAAGCAUCCGGAGCUGUCGGCGCCAGGUCUCAACUCCUCGAUCAUUGAAACAGUGUCGGCUCGUUUUGAGGAAGGCCAACUGACGUCUUCAUCCUUGAUCGGCGAGAUUGCACUGAUGUACAACUCGACAGGAGCUGGGUCAACGCAAGAGACGAUUCGCUUGGAAAACUUUGCCCACCUCGAAAAGGUAGCACCGAACCCGGCUUUUAUCACGCAAACGCCAGGCCAGGAAGGAGAAUACCAGGUGAAUCUAGCGCACAUCUCCCGAACAUCAGUCGCAUUCAAAUAUCAAGUGCGAGGCGACACCGUGCAGGCCCAAACACCAAUGCUCCUCACACCCGCUUUCAAGAUUGAGCAGGGCCAAACGAUGGUUAUAGUAAGCUACUCGUUACACCCCAGCUUUGCAUCUCUGGGACGCGCGAGCAUCACUCUUCGCAACGUGACGGUUGCUCUCACUCUCGAGGGGUCUAAGGCGACAAGCUGCCAGUCCAAGCCCGUGGGGACGUUUUCUCGUGACAAGAACCUGAUUUUCUGGCAACUGCCCGAGCUGACCCUGUCCCCCGGUGCGGAGCCCAGCAAACUCCUUGCUCGAUUCCUCACCGAAGGCCCCGCUACGGGAGGACAUGUCGAAGGCAAAUGGGAAAUCUCUGGCGAAGAUGCGCACGGGAUCGGCAGCGGGCUCGCUGUCAGCGUCCAGGGUGCUGAUGGUUCGUCGGAUCCCUUUGCGGAUGAGUCUGUCGUCGGAGCCUCUUCCUCCUCUUCCUCUGGACAGUGGAAGAGUGUACCGACGCAAAGAAAGUUGACGAGUGGUGCGUACGUUGCCAAGUCGUGAUGAGGAGAUUGUACAGUUCUGCGUUUUGCAUUCCACUACUCGCUGCUGCUGCUGCUGCUUGUUUCGUGCUGUGUACAUAUGAUAGUGAUGAUACCCAAUAAUUCUUUCUUUUUGUCGCUGCGUGUGUGCUGAUGUUUG